UUCCCCUUGGCCGCCCAGGUCGACUCGUCCAUCCGGACACUCGACGAGUUCGUCGACCGCCUCGAGCAGCUCGCGGCGCAAGACGAGCUCAAGCCGCUCCUGCACGAGCACGGCGGCGCCAUCCUGUUCCGCGGCACGCACGCCGACGACGCCGAGGGCUUCAGCCGCAUCGUCCACGCGCUGCAGCUCGGCCCGCCGCACGACGAGCUCGGGAACCCGGUCGUGCGCAACGUGCGCGCCAAGGCCGUCAGCACGGCCAACGAGGGCCCUGCGUCUGCGCCCGUCUUUCCCCAUUCCGAGUUUGGCUGGAGCUCGAACUACCCGAACUACAUCGUCUUCUUCGGUCUGAGCGAGGCGACGAGUGGAGGACAGACGCCGAUCAACAACGGCGCCGAGCUCUUUGCGCGUCUUGAGGUCGAGGCGCCCAGCUUCGUCGAGGAGCUCGCGACCAAGGGCGUGCGCUACGUCUACCGGUACCUGAAGGAGGUCAACCCGGGCUCGAACCUCGGCAACUCGAUCGCGCGCGCCUACCCGGACGCCGGCGUCCUCGAGGCUGACGACGAGGCGACGGCGCGCGCCAAGAUCGAGCAGCAGAUCAAGCGGCACGCCCGCGAGUGGGUGUGGCACGACGACGGUUCGCUCGAGGUCGUGCACUACGUCGAGGGGAUCAAGCGGCACCCGCUCACGCACGUCCCGGUCUACUUUGGCAACAUCACGUCCAUGUUCCUGCUGGCGCAAAAGUGGCAGGCGCUCGAGCCGCCCUUCCUCGGCACCGACGGCGCGUUCCACCACCUCCCGACUUACGGCGACGGGAGCGCCAUCCCGCACGAGUACCUCCAGUUGUGCGCCGACCUCAUCAACGAGACGCGCGUCCUGAUCGACUGGCGCGUCGGCGACGUCCUCGUCCUCGACAACCACUACGUCCAGCACGCUCGUGAGCCUUGGACGGGCGACCGACGAGUCCUCGCCUCGCUGUGGGACGGC